AAAUAAGUUUGCGAACAGCACAACUGAAAGAAAAAACACACCGUGUAGGACAAGAUGGCGUCCAAUGUCAAGCGUCUGCUAUUGCAAGUUAUUCAAAGACCUGGUUCCAUUGUCAUCCCAGGAAGACACUAUAGCUCUAAUGGGAGGCAGCUGGUCACCAUGAUUCCGGGAGACGGCAUCGGCCCAGAGAUAUCGGCGGCUGUACAGAAGAUUUUUGCUGCCUCCGGGGCUCCUAUAGACUGGGAGGAGGUUGAUGUGACGCCCGUGAAGGGAGCUGACGGAAACUUCCACCUCCCACAGAAGGUGUUUGACUCCAUGGCCGUCACCAAGGUCGGCCUCAAAGGGCCCCUGGCCACACCCGUUGGCAAGGGUCACAGGUCAUUGAACCUUGCUCUCAGGAAAGCUUUUAGCCUGUAUGCCAAUGUGCGUCCUUGCAAGUCAAUCGAGGGUUUCAAGACUCCAUAUGAUGAUGUAGACCUGGUCACCAUUCGGGAAAACACAGAGGGGGAAUACAGUGGUAUAGAACACACAAUUGUUGAUGGUGUGGUACAGAGCAUCAAGCUCAUCACGGAAGAUGCGUCGAUGCGGGUGGCAGAGUACGCCUUCAAGUAUGCCCGGGACAAUAACCGCUCGACCGUCACUGCCGUCCACAAGGCUAACAUCAUGAGGAUGUCUGACGGCUUGUUUUUGAAGUGCUGUCGGCAUGUUGCUGAGAAGAACAAGGACAUUAAAUUCAAGGAGAUGUAUCUGGAUACAGUGUGCUUGAACAUGGUACAGGAUCCGACGCAGUUUGAUGUUUUGGUGAUGCCAAACCUGUAUGGAGAUAUUCUGAGUGACCUGUGUGCAGGUCUGAUAGGUGGUCUUGGAGUCACCCCUAGUGGCAAUAUUGGACAGGAUGGUGCCAUCUUUGAAUCCGUACAUGGUACAGCCCCGGAUAUUGCUGGGAAGGAUUUAGCCAACCCGACAGCCCUGUUGUUGAGUGCUGUCAUGAUGCUGCGCUACAUGAGCUUGGGCGACUUUGCCCGCCGUAUUGAGAGCUCCGCCCUCUCUGUCAUCCGGGAUGGACAGGUGUUAACAGGAGAUCUUGGUGGAAAGUCAACAUGUUCACAGUUUACCGAUGAAAUAUGUCGUCGAGUGCAGGAAGCAGACUGAGUGGAUAUUGCUUUUGUAACCUGACAGAAUAUUUCAAUUUUAGGUCGUGUUCACUUUUGUUGAUGUUGUUAAUCUGUUAUUUAGUGCUGUUUUUAUUCAAUUUUUAUUGGAAAUAAAUGGAAGAUGUUUUCCCAUGUCCAAAUUUUAACUGAUGAGUAAUGACAGUUUUGUUUAUGAACAAAUUAUUCUGAGAUGUGUACUUGAAUCUCUUUUAAUGUGUUCAAGGAAUUAUCUUUUUAUACUGAAUGAUAUUCUAUGAAAUGUCAUUGAUGAAUGAAUCACAACCAUCGUAAAUAAAUAUAUAUUAAGGAAAGGGAAUGGUCGACAAUGAAACAAUGUUGAACUGAUUGUUAAGUUUUUGUGAAUUAUUUGAUUGCAAGGAAUUCGUUAAUCAUUUGGGUGAUACUUGUUACUUGGAAUAACAUGAACAUCAUUUGAAAUAUGGCAUUUGGACGCCAUUGCACCUUGAUGCCUGUGAGUCACCUUGAUCGUAUAUAUUAUCAUGUGAUGAAAAACAAUCAAUUUCAAAUAACCAGGUGAAAAAUUUUAAGAUGAAAAAAAUUAUGGGUCGAGUGAUGUAUAUACAGAUAAGAGUGUACGUAAAGAUGUUCUCCUGUAACCAUAAAUGCAAACAAAUUAAACUGCAAAAGUAACAAAAUUUGAAUAGCUUCGAAAUCAUAUAUAUGAAAGGAAUGUAAUGUUCAUCUGUUCAUUAAAUAUUAAUCUCAGAUGGUUUUCAAUGAAAAUAAAAGUCACAAUUAUGGAUAUAGAUGAGAAAUAGUGCAAUAUUACAUCACACUGAUUAUGGUUAUAAAAGCUUACUGAUGUAUGUUAGUUAAUAUGAAUUUAUAUAUGUAUAGAUUUCAAUGUUUCUGAUUCUGUUUCUUGACAGUUGUGAUGGAAAACAACUAGAGUGCUAAACAUCUGCAUCAAUAUGUAGGAAAUUGUCUGUCUUGAUUAUUGACAAUAUGUUGGCAAUUGUCUGUCUUGAUAUUAAACAAUAUAUUGGCAAUUGUCUGUCUUGCUAAUAAACAAUAUAUAGGAAAUUGUCCGUCUUGAUAUUAAACAAUAUAUAGGAAAUUGUCUGUCUUGAUUAUAAACAAUAUGUUGGCAAUUGUCUGUCUUGCUAAUAAACAAUAUAUAGGAAAUUGUCUGUCUUGAUAUUAAACAAUAUGUUGGCAAUUGUCUGUCUUGAUUAUAAACAAUAUAUAGAAAAUUGUCUGUCUUGCUAAUAAACAAUAUGUUGGCAAUUGUCUGUCUUGCUUAUAAACAAUAUGUUGGCAAUUGUCUGUCUUGAUAUUAAACAAUAUGUUGGCAAUUGUCUGUCUUGAUAUUAAACAAUAUGUUGGCAAUUGUCUGUCUUGCUAAUAAACAAUAUGUUGGCAAUUGUCUGUCUUGCUAAUAAACAAUAUGUUGGCAAUUUUCUAUCAUCAUAAUAAGCAAUAUGUUUGCAAUUGUCUGUCUUAAUAUCAUACAAGUAUUCUUGGUAAAUGUAUGGAUAUCAGAUAUUUGUGAAAUGUCAUUGUGCCGGACAAGUUAACAAAGUAUUUCAUUUUUGAAGGACGAGGUCUGUAUUAAAAUGAUCUGCAUUAAUUCAGUGCAUUUCCUCAAGUUGGACUAGAUAAGAGCUUUGAAUAUUGCUCCAUCAAAGAGGCGUAUAUUCUAGGCAGAGCCCCAUAUAUCAACUGUUAACAAAUUAAUUGAACAUGUAGAUCUUGCUUUGAUUGGUGACAUGUUUUUUUCCUCUAGAAACAUUGACUUUUGAACUAUUUUGUGUAGCAUAAUGCUGUGUAUUUAGUUAUGUAAAUGUAUGUAUCAAAUAUCGGUGUUUUGUUUUCAGUGGUCACUACAAUAUCUUUAAACUGCAUAAACUUGUCCUAAUCUUGUGUAUUACCACAUGCAUUUAAGUAUAUAAGUUUGGAACUGUAAGAUACUAUUUGAGGAAAAUGGAUGAAAUAAUCCCCCAACUGGGAAAAGUACAGUGCUGUUCUUGCAUUUGCCAUUGAUUUUCGUUUUAAGGUUUAAAAUAGAGUGAUGUUUAGUUUUCUUUAAAUUGUACAUGUUUUAUUUCAUAGACCUUUGAAAACCUAUUUAUGUAAUGUUAUGGGAGGCCAUUUUUAUGUUCUUUAUGUUAUUUAACUUUGAAAUCCUGUUGCAUUUAACUAUUUAUAUUUUUAACAGAGAUUAAAAUACCAUGUGUUUUAGUUACAUGUGUCUCAUUGUAAAAGCUAUUGUUUUAUUACUUCAAAUAUGCAUAUAAAUACAAUGUGCUUAAGUAGUAAGGGUUUUCACCUCUCACUCACAGAUAGUGGAUUCAGUCCUAACCAGGGGUACUUUUUCUCUCAAAAAGGUCUUCAGUACUGGUUUUUGCCCAGGAGACAGACUCAAUAGUGGUUUUAUCAGCUUUUGGCUGUUCUUCACAAUCAAUUUAAAUAUAAACUAAACAGAUCAAAAACAAACAACAUGACAUAAACUAGAUAGAAUUCUGUUCAACAUUGUGCAAUUCUUUUUCACCUAAUUGUUCCAUCUAUGUGUACUAAGCAGUUAAAGUUAUAUAAUCUAAGUGAUCUAUUUGUUAUGUUUGCAACUAAACCAAAUAUGUUUCAAAAUAAAAGUUCAACCAA